CCCGUUAGCACCCGUUGGUAUCAUCGUAAGAUUUUCCGAGACGUUUGGCGGAUAACUUACAAUAAUGUUUUUAAAUGAAAUUGGUCAGCCUUUCAUUCUGCAGAAAGGGGUCAAGUAUAAUUCUUACGAAGAGCACCGUGGAGCUUUGCUCAUCUCAUCAGCCGCCUACAAGGAUCAUGUAGUUCCAGAAAAUUGGUCCGGAUGCGUCAUAGGAUCUGAACAGGACAUACUUCGACUUAAAUUUCAGGGCGAAGGCAAUAACUACUCAGAGAAGUGUAAAUACAUUUAUAUAAGACCAAAUGAACCCACCCAAAUAGACAACAAUGGAACCGUGAUCACGAUUACAUUGAUACCGGCGGGAAAAAACAAAAAUGAGUUGGAAUCGAUAUUAUACUAUAUUGAAAAUGGACUAACAAGAUAUGUAAUUGUGGAUCGGCUGUCCGGCUAUCUGGACUUUUUGCCCAAGGCCCAUGAUUUCUUUCGCAAUGGCCUUGGCCUUGGAAUCGAUGUCCUUUACAUAGACGAAGAGACACUGGAUGAGAACGAUUUGAAUGAAGACAUAUACAGCUUGGUGCACCUCAUAAAGCCAAAGUUCAUUUACGGGUUGAGAGGGGGCAAAUUACCCAAGUGGCUACAGGACUUGCGGCGGAUUCAAGACAUAUAUAAAAUAUAAAUAAAACAAAGUUUAUGGUAGAAAAUGAUGCAUUUAAAA